AUAGACACAGGAAAUCGUCCUUGGAAACCACUGCGGAGUGAGCCGUCUUGUUCCUCAAACGUCUUUGUCAUCACUGCUGCUGAAGUGUUGCCAUAACAGGCAAGCGGCUAACGCUAAUGUUUGCUAACUAAUUAGCAAGGUAGGUGUUUCUGUGUGUGUGUGCGUGUUCCACUCUGAACAAUGGAACAGUGUGCAUGUGUGGAGCGGGAGCUGGAGAAAGUGCUCCAUCGCUUUGUAAUGUAUGGCCACCAGUCAGAAGAGAGGUUAGAUGAGCUCCUGCGCAGUGUCUGUGAGAUUCGAGGACAGCUUGUAGCAUUUGGUGUACAAGAUGCAGACUUAUCCGUCUUAUCUCAGACUAUGGCACAGUGUUGUAAGAAUAUCAAAGAAACAGUACAAAUGCUGGCCUCCAGACAUAAGGACAUUCACGGCAGUGUAUCUAAAGUGGGCAAAGCUAUCGACAGGAAUUUCGACGCAGAGAUCAGUGCUGUGGUGGCAGAGACAGUGUGGGACACCCCAGAGAGACAGAAAUACCUGAGUGAGACCAUUGUGGAACACCUGUACAGACAAGGAAUGCUCAGUGUAGCAGAGGAUCUGUGUCAGGAGUCUGGUGUAGUUAUAGAUAUGAGUAUGAAGCAGCCUUUCCUUGAACUGAACAGGAUCCUUGAAGCUCUACGGAUGCAGGACCUCAGGCCGGCACUAGAAUGGGCUGUUACGAAUCGGCAGCGUCUGUUGGACCUGAACAGCAGCCUAGAAUUCAAGUUGCAUCGUUUGUAUUUUAUCAGUCUGCUCAGUGGGGGCAUCAGCAACCAAAUGGAGGCCUUGCAGUAUGCCAGGCAUUUCCAGCCUUUUGCUGCUCAACAUCAGAGAGAUAUUCAGAUCCUGAUGGGCAGUCUGGUUUACCUGCGUCACGGCAUUGAAAACUCUCCAUACCGCAGUUUGCUCGAGACAAAUCAGUGGGCUGAGAUCUGUAACAUCUUCACAAGGGAUGCUUGUGCCUUACUGGGCCUCUCUGUAGAGUCUCCAUUAAGUGUCAGCUUUGCAUCAGGCUGUAUGGCUUUGCCUGUGUUAAUGAACAUCAAGCAGGUGAUAGAGCAGAGACAGUGCAGUGGAGUCUGGACACACAAAGAUGAGCUGCCUAUUGAAAUAGAUCUCGGGAAAAAGUGCUGGUACCACUCUGUGUUCGCCUGCCCCAUCCUUCGGCAGCAGACUUCAGAGAGUAACCCUCCGAUGAAGCUCAUCUGUGGCCACGUCAUCUCCAGAGAUGCCCUCAAUAAACUGACUAACGCUGGGAAAUUGAAAUGCCCCUACUGCCCCAUGGAGCAGAACCCAUCACAUGCCAAGCAGAUCUACUUUUGAUACCUUCAGUCUCCUGUUGAGUAAGGAUGAAGUUCCCUGGAGCUCCAAGUGAAUCCAGGACCAUUUACUCUGGCCCUUUUCCUCUGUCCCUGGCCUUUGGCCUGUUAUUGUAAGCAUUAAGGUUUUAUCCCAGUGCUCCUCUGGACAGCCUCGGUCAUCCCUAACACACCUCGGACCCUCCAACUUUGCGUAAUGUACAGAGUCCAGCGGGGAUGGUCCGGCUACAACCUGUAGUAGAAUGAGGAGAGUGUCAGUAACGAGAACAUCCUCACAAAGAAGCACCUCUGAAAAGGAUCAUUUAUUGAAACUCAUUUGCAAAUGCCUGCAGAAUUAUAGGCUUAUCUUUUUAAAGUAUGUAAUUCUUUAUAGUGUUUUCUUGGCUUUAUCGACUGUUUGAGUUGGCUUAUGGAAGACUGCUUCUAUUUUCUGUUCCUUUUUUGACAGAAGCAGUUGAAUGAUUACGGACGGGUGUAGAGUAAACAGUAUGUACAGGACUGUUUCUGAUUUCAGGAUGGUAAUAAACUUUUAAUCUAUUUCACAUGCGAAAACCUCCGAAAAGGCAUGUUCAGUGACUCUUGAAGGUUUAUUCUUUUCUGGUGAAGGGGAACUGUGGAGGUCAACCUUGAACCGAACUGAUUGUGACAUGUGACCCAUUGGUUCUCCAUAAUGUAAUAAAGGCCUCACGUAGCUUGAAAGUCACUGUCGGCUCAUGUAUCCGUUUGAUCCGUAGAACAUUGAACUCAUGAAUGGUGGACAGCUUUUUUUUUUUUUCUUUUUUCUUUUUUUUGUGACUGACUGCACCAGCAAGAUUAUACUCAUUAUAGAAGCCAUUUGUCUUGUUCUAUGUAUGUAUUUAACAAACAUGACAAAAAAGGAAACAAAAAAAUAUAUUCUACUGUGAAAUGUGCUUUGCUUCUAUUUUUCAUUGCAGCUGCCACACUGGUGGGAAAAUGGUAAAUUAAACUGAACAGGAAAAAUGCUUAAUCAACACUACUGCGUGAAUUUCACAACUAGCAUCUCUACAGUCCACAUCUCACUCGUGCCAUCGCUUCACGUCACCAUGCAUUGUGUGUAAAACUAAGCUUGCUCUCCAUGUGAUUUGGAGAUGUAAAGUGGUGUGACGGUAGCCGUAAGGUCUGACUUGCAGUGACUGUAGGCUUGUGAUUCAGCUUUACUUGUCGUGGGUGGGGGAAGUCCUCUGAUCAAUGUGGCUGUUGUUUAAUAUAUACUUAUUAAAUGCCUCCGCUGCAUAGUUUCAGCUUUUCUUUAACUGAUAGAGACAUUGUAGUCCGUACAUUUCCUCAGGGUUCAUUGUGUCAGUACACAUCACACUUUGCAGUUAGUAUUAAAGUUAUACAUUUAUAUAAGGAGUGUUGGAACAAAGAUUACACAUAUUUCACUAUUGGGGUGUGUUUGGUUGUGGGAAUUUGUAUAUAGUGCUCAACUGGUGAUGUGUAAGCAUACACUAGGGUAAGCAGUGUCACAAGGCGUCUGGAUGUACAGUAUGUUUUGAUUCUCCAUAACUCUUAGUGCAAGUUCCUGGUGUCCUCUUGAAAAUGGUGAUGUCACCCCACAUGGGUGGGGCUAAUUUGUUGAAGAAGCGCUGCACCAGCAUAGCUCACACUGACAAUGCAACAUUUCUUUCAGUUUAAAGAAAGAGUUAGCAUUUAUCUUUUUUUUUUUUUUUUUUUUUUUAAAUGAGUUGCAGCACAUGUUCUGUGUGGAUUUUCACUGAGUUUCCUCUGCAUUUUUACUUGGGUUGACAAUCAUUCAUCACUUCCCUCGAGUGUCAUUUCAGGUAGAUGGCUAGCGCGCCGUACUUCUGUCAUUAAUUUUUGAGUGUUUGCAUUUUCUGCUUUUGUGUGUUAUGCAACUUUUAUUGUAAAUAUUUAUCCUCUAACAUGUUUCAUAUACUUGCAUCUGAAAUUAAAAUAAAAAUUUAUACUACAAGUC